AUGGGAUGGGAUGCGUUUGGGUUGCCUGCUGAGAAUGCAGCCAUCGAUCGUGGUCUGUCGCCUGCUGAGUGGACCAAGACAAAUAUAGAACAGAUGAAGGUGCAGAUGACUAGCAUGGGGUUUGACUUCGACUGGGAUAGG